AUGUCAAAGAAAAGCUCAGACCGAUCGCAAAUUAUUCCCCUAAAUUCUAAUUAUUCCCCUAAAGGAAGAAGAAACUCUGAAGUGCAAGGGAAUCGUCUGGUCAACAAGAAUGGCAAACUUCAUCUACGAUCCUCCAACAUCCCUCAGAAGCGAGAGCGAUUCUUGGCCGAUUUCUUCACAUCUUUCAUUGACGCAAAAUGGCGUUGGGUGUUCGCGUUAUAUGCAGUGGGUUUUCUUUUCAGUUGGUCGUUUUUUGGUACCGUUUACUUUCUCAUAUUCUGGUUCAGGCGAAAAUAUGACAACGGUGUAGUUUGCGUAGAAAAGGUGGACUCUUGGACAUCUGCUUUCUUGUUCUCAGUGGAGUCACAAACGACAAUUGGAUACGGUGGAAGACAGGUCGGUAAUAAACAACAACAAUAACAACUUUUUAAAACUAUUUAUCAACUUUCACCUGUUUUAUUUUUCACAUGGUGAAUGGGUAAGGAAGCUACUGAUAGGUAAGGGUUUAAGUUAGGUUUUGUCCCCAUUUUCCAUUUUCCCGUUCCCCGUGAUCGUUAGUUGUUUUCUGUUUAAGUAACAACCAACGUUUUGAGUCUCGAGCCACGUGUAUGUAACACACAACACACAUCAUGAAAUAACCCACAAUUAUCACCUAACUAAGUCAUCGGUGUGAACGCUGGUUAAACUGACCUUAUCGAGCAGCGCUGUUUCGCAUCAGACCAAGAACCCAAGAAAGAAAAAAAAAGCGUGUAACAUGCUAAAAAAACUGAGUAUGAAAAUAAACAGAAUAACAGAGUAACAUUGGAUUUGUUCUAUUAGCUUACUUCCACAAAAAUGAAAACAAAGUACAAUUAUAUAUGCGAUUUACUAUUAAAUUGAUGGCAAGUAAACUGAAUCACCUCAUUUUUAUGGGGGGAUGCUUCAAUAUUAAUAUUUGCGUGAUGUCAGUUGUUUGCGGUAUUUUGUAAGUCUUUUCAAGAUUAGACUUUGAUAAAACCACUUAACACCAUAGCCAGAAAAAUGCCGAUAGAAGAUAGUAUGGUUCUGCACAGGUAUCAUGUUUUGAAGAUAACUAGUCGUAAUUGCAAAGCAAAGCCGACGCUUUAACGGGUUACUCAAAUCUUCACAAUGUGCUUUAUACACAGUGCUGAGCAAAGAAUUGUGAAACAUGCUGUAGAAAGCCAACUUGAUAAGUAAGCGAUAUCGUUAGAAAUAUCGCUGAAGUUUUGACGGAAUCCAUUAGGAAAUUGAGUAAUUUUAAUUUUCAAUGGUAUCGCAUUCUUUUUUAAACUUUUCGAGGGCUAUAAAUGAAAUAAGUUAUAUGAAAUAACUCCAAGAAAAGGUUCUUAUGGGAGCCCGAGAAAACAAACUUCGAAAACUUCAUAUUUCACAAAAUGAAAUCUUACGCAUGACGAUUUUACCUGUGUUUUCUCAAGUUCUUUGAAAUUUGAAAUUUACUUUCUCGGGCUCUUAUAAGAACCUUUUCUUUGGAGUUAUUUCAUGUAACUUAUUACAUUUUUAGCCCUUGAAAAGUGUAAAAAUGAAUGCGAUAAAAGGUUUUUGUCCACUGACAAUUUAAAUCACUCAAUUUGUUGAUGGAGUCCGGUCUCAAAGCUCUAUAUUGAUGGGGUGAAGAAUGAUCAGCUUUAUCCUCUUAAAAUAAGCUAACAUUGUUUUAAGUACGUUAAUAUGAUGCUGUGGGUGAGUGCAGUUCUGAAAAGAAAUGUUGACUGUUCUGAUUCCACCAAUUUAUCGAACCAAGAUCAUGUUAGAUUACAGAAACAGAGGGAAACAAAAAAGGGAUAUUGACUUUCUUUAUCAUGGCGGUUAUUAUUGCUUUGCAUAGAGCUAAAACACAUAUCAGUAAUGACGACGUCAUUAUCUUAUUGUUUGACCAAUAAUUACUUGUAACGUUAAUUGCUUUAUAAAGAGCAUGAAUUUAUUCUUGUAUUGAACAAAUUGACCACAAUUUCCUAUUGUCUAAAAUCAGAUCCUAUAGUAUCAGAAAUGACGUCAUAAAAUUAAUGCUCAAAGUUCAAGUCAUUUCACUGCACCAUUCAACAUUAUAUAGCGCUACCGAGGUUUGAAUAGAUAAGCUGUUGUGUAUGUUGAUUUGUAGUGUUUCGGUCAUUUGCCUCUUGGGUAAUAAUAAUUUUUUUCCUUUUUCUUUUUUCUUUUAAAAUAUAGAUUACCCCAGAAUGCCCCGAGGCAAUUGUGUUUCUACUACUGCAGUCCCUGGUGGGUUUCAUGCUGUCCACGUCGCUUCUAGGCCUCAUUUUUGCCAAACUUUCCCGUCCUCGUCCCAGGGCCCAAACGGUAGUUUUCUCGAAAAAUGCCGUUAUUGCUCCUUCUGAUGGAUUUUUCUCUCUAAUGUUUCGUGUCGGUGAUGCGCGUAAAAGUCAGUUACUAGAAAUUACGAUAUCACUGCAUUGUUUCCGAUUUCACACUACCGAGUCGGGUCAGGAGAUUCUACUCUCCCAGCAGGAACUACCCAUCAGCACUGAACAUGGUAUCGAGACCGGCGAGCGAAUUUCUCCAUUUCUUUUGUUACCUUUGACAAUAGUUCAUGCCAUAGAUAAUCGCAGUCCGCUCUACCAACUUGGAGCUCAAGACCUCGCGUCUUCCCGCUUGGAAAUAGUGGCUGUUUUGGAGGGCGUUGUCGAAAACACAGGCAUGGUAACUCAGGCCAGAGCUUCAUACUUGGGGGAAGAAAUUGUCUGGGGCGAAAAGUUCCAUCCCAUUCAAUUUAUACGUACCAACAAUGAGCGAAGAAUGAAAGCUGAUCUAUCUUCGUUUGACAACACGUACCGAGUCACAAUGCCAGCUCUGUCUGCCAAGGAAUACGAGGAGUCGAAGGACAAAGGGGUAGAAUACGUCGAGUUUGAACAUCCUGAAAAAGAAGACAGAAAAGAACAAACAAACUGCAUCUGCGAAUGUCAAGUUUGGAUUCCAACGGAGCAAGCUUCAGAUCUAUCCACAUAGCCUUGAAACAUCCGUUAGUAAUAAUGACGGCAAAGUUCUUUGAAACGUUUGUAAUUAACACACACAUUCAAGAAGUCUUGUUUGUAACAGCGAAACAAGUAGUAAGAAGUUAAAAUGAAUUUUUUUCCCAAGGCCCUGGACAGUAUAGGUUAAAAAAAUCUAUAGAAGUCGACGACUAAUUCGCUAUUACUUCCAGGAAAAGUCUAGACGGAAAAAGUUGACGCUAAAGUGCUCUUCAGUGCGCGCGCGCUCUCCAGAAGUCCCAGAAUGAAGGGAUGAAUACCUGUUGUCUUAUUCGAACUUGUGGUUUAACUUAGACAAACAGAAUACAACCUCAUCCCCAGAGCUUUUCCCCAACAAAAUGGGUGGUUUCCCGUUUCUCCCAUUUUCUAAGGGGAAAGCCCUGGGAACGAGGUUAAAAUCGAAUAGAAAUCUUUAUCACGUUUUUCUCAUGGAGAUAAUGAAAUUGGGCAUGUUUCGCAUUUUGAUUCAGUCAUAAUUACAUGCACGUUCCUGAGCUUUUUUCCGCUUUUGAGUCGCACUCACUACGAAGGGUCCUUUGGGCAAUUGCUUUGGUUACUUUUUUCAACUUCGCCGAAGUAACAAAGUACAAAAUCGAACUGGAAAUAUAUUACAAUAUUACGCAAAUGCGCAUAAGUACAGGCAGGGACACCUUAAAACCAAACACUGGUCAGCUCUGCAGGUUAGUGCAGGCCUAGAACACAGAAAACAAAAAUGACAAGAAGUCUCAAAACAACAAUUGAGCUUUUUCUACACAGAGGUUGAGAAAAGUCAGCAGGAAAAAACGAAACCAAUUUUGCUGCAGGGAACUUGCCCCAUGCUCUACUAGACAAAAGAGCAAUUAAACUUCGCCAGAGCUCGCCGACACUUCAAAGGUGUUUUGUAAAGAUAUCAAAUUGGCAACAAUCUUUCAACUCGACAAGGGAAAAAUAUUCUUCAGACAAAAAAAUUAGUAGUGCAUCAAACCUUUCGAAAUCCAUCCGGAUAGUGUUGCCUAUCACGCAAGACAGUCUGCGACUGUGGCCAUUAGUAUUAAGGGACGACUCACAAUAAAACCCAAGUUAUUUUUUUGUACUUUCAAUAAUUAUUUUUUACACAAAUAUGUACAUAACAGGAGCCCAUAUAGUCAUUACAUUUGUAACGUACAAGUAUCAUUGCUUUUCUGUUUAUACUGCAACUAUUUCCAGCCAUUUGGCAGCUCUUGCCUGUACAGUAAAGUUUAGCCAAAUAAAAAUUCCUCUGGUUUUUCAGUUGAAGUACAUGUUUAUGUACCGCGGAUCAGGAGGCGUGGAAGAAAAUUACGCACGUUCAUCGUGAUUCCCCGUACACCUUGGUUUACUUUAACUUUGUCAUGUAAGAAAAGGGGUAAGAAAGGAGGAAGCAGGCGUGUGGGAUGGGAGAAAAACCAAAGACGUCCUCUCUUACCUUUUGCUCCGCCCUUAACAAUCGUUUACUAGUACCAGUCUCUCGCACUUUGCGUGUUGAACAUCCCGUAACUUCUGUAAUCUUCUGACGUCUUAGAGUGUUGCCUUGGGUGUGACUCAUCCACUUAGUGUAGUCCAC